AUGACCAAAUUCAGAGGCUGUAUAGAUAUCCACUCAGGCCAAGUCAAGCAAAUUGUCGGUGGGACCUUGGUGUCUGACGAUAGAGACGACCCCAACGACGUCCAGACCAACUUUACGUCAGAAAAGCCGUCCUCUUACUACGCGCAGCUCUACAAGCAGAGCCAAUUGACUGGCUGCCACGUCAUUAAGCUUGGGUCACUUCCAACGAAUGACGAAGCGGCCUUGAGCGCCGUGAAAACCUGGCCCCACGGCCUCCAGGUGGGCGGUGGGAUUACUGACGCGAAUGCCAAAUGGUGGAUCGAACAGGGCGCCUCUCACGUUAUCAUCACUUCGUGGCUCUUUCCUGCCGGCGAGUUUUCGCUUGAAAGGUUGCAGAACGUUUCCAAGAGCGUUGGCAAGAAGCAUUUAGUCGUUGACUUGAGCUGCCGCACUGUGGUCAACGCCGCUGGAGAUAAUGAAUGGGUCGUGGCCAUGAACAAGUGGCAGACCUUGACAUCCAGCAAGCUCUCCGCUCAGUUUUUCAGAGACCUUAGUAAGUACUGUGAUGAGUUUUUAGUCCACGCUGCCGACGUUGAGGGGUUAUGCAACGGGAUCGACGAGGAGUUGGUGACCAGAUUGGGCGAAUGGUGUGGCAAGUUGGACGUUCCGGUCACCUACGCCGGUGGUGCAAAGAGUAUCAAUGACUUGGCGCUUGUCCAGAAGUUGAGUAACGGUAGCGUUGAUUUGACAUUUGGCAGUGCUUUGGACAUCUUUGGGGGGGAACUCGUCACCUUCGACGAUCUUAUCAAGUGGAACCAGGAACAUUGA